AUGCAAAAGGUACAAGGGGCAGAGCUGAAGCUAGGAAUAAAAAUGGAAAAGCAGGAUUCAGCAGGACCCGAAUCAGGGGGGAAACUGGCGGGCAGAGGAAGAGACCCUCAUGUUGUGCAACAGGAAACCAUCCAAGAGCUUCUAACAGGGGCAGCCCCGCAACAAAUUAAACAAGAACCAGAUGAGGGGCUUCGGCAAUGCUGGGAAGCUCAGUGGCAGGAGUUCUUGAAGACAGUCAAGUCCCCUCACCCAGAAUGGAGACACUCGCAGCUGUCCCAUUCUGUUUUGGAGGCAAAUUUGAAGUCGAUCCAGGCCUCCUUCAAGGGAUCAGCCGACGCCAGCCAGUGGCCUAGAGGAGAAUGGUUGACUCAGACCCUACCGGACCUCUUAGGCGAAGCACAACAGGCCUGCAAAAGCCUAGAUUCUUCUCAGACAGUGAAGGUUGAGGUUCUGGAUGAGGAGGACAUGAUAAGCCUGGAGAUGCGGCGUGAGCGCUUCAGGCAGUUCUCCUACCACGAGGCUGAGGGCCCCCGCGAGAUUUGCCGGCAGCUCCAAGAACUUUGCCGCCAGUGGCUGAGUCCCGAGAAGCACACCAAGGAACAGAUCCUGGAGCUGCUGAUCCUGGAGCAGUUCUUGACCAUCCUUCCCUGGGAAAUGCAGAACUGGGUCAGGGAACGCGGCCCCGAGACCUGCGCUGAGGCCGUGGUCCUGGCAGAGGAUUUUCUCCUGAUGCUCCCGGAGCCUGAGGGACAGAAACCAGAGACUCCCGAACUGUUGGAGGAAGCGUUUAUUAGCACCCCCAAAUCUGAGCAAGAUCCAUCAGAUGCUGUACAGAUUCCCCUCUCCGUGGAAACCAGCUUGCUGGGUGAUGAUAAAGUUCUGGAGAACGAAGAGGAUGCUUUUUGUCUGCAAAGGCCCGAGAGUGAACCAACGGGUGUCCAUGGAAUACCCAUGGAAAAAGCCAAGGGGAAAUUUUUCCUGGGUCCUGAGUUGGAAGAGAUUCCUGAAGGUCAGCAGGGACCUGAAAGGCACCAGGAAAGCUAUUUGUGGAAGAUGGCCGAACAAGCUCUUCUGUGUGAGGACGGGGAGCAUGGCUUCCAUGAAAGCCCCUUCCAAGAAAGGACUGAAAAAUGCCAGAGAGACGGCACGGUUGCGGAAUUCGAGAAGAGCCUCCGCCAGAGCUUGGACCUUCUCAAGAACCAGAAGAAGCGGAUGAGGAAAUUCAAAUGCUCCUAUUGCGGGGCGACCUCCAACAUCAGAGCGAACAUUGUGGUGCACGAACGGAUUCACACCGGGGAGAAACCUUACUCCUGCUUAACCUGCGGCAAGAGCUUCAGUCGGAAAUCGACCCUCGUCCGACACAAGAGGACGCACACAGGGGAGAAGCCGUACGAAUGCUCGGUCUGUGGGAAAAGCUUCAGCAUUCGCUGUAACCUCUUGCGGCACGAGAGGGUCCACACGGGCGAGAAGCCCUAUCAUUGUACGUACUGUGGCCAGAGCUUCAGUCGCAGACUUUUGCUCAUUAUACACGAGAGGACCCACACGGGAGAUAAAACCGUAUAA